UGGAUAUGUUGCUCCCAUGUAUCGAGGAAGAAUAUACAUCUCUCUAUACAAUCAAGAGUUUGUUGUAAAUUUUAGAAACCCAAGCAUAAUGGAUGCUGGCAGAUACAGAUGUGGAAUCAAAGAGGUCAGUAACAUCUAUGAAGAUGCUGAAGUAAAAACUUCCGACUUUAAAGAUUUCCCAGUAAUUUCCCCACAAAAACCCAUCAAACCAACAAUUAGGACCCCUACUUGUCUCUCAACACCCCUUGUUUCUGAGAAAAACACAGAGAAACCAAGUGAUAACCAGAGAACGUCCCAUAUGCUAGCUGUCCUGUUUAGCAUUGUGGUGUUUGCUGUCAUCAUCUCAGUGACACUAGUUGUGUUUCUUCUAAAGACAUGGAAGAAAUCCAAAGAUAAACAUGGAACUUGUGGUUCUCUUGACACUGUCUGGGGAGUGGCAAUAUAUUUAUCACAGAUCACCCCUGCAGAUGGACAGACGGUACUGCACUUUAUGACAAGAGACAAUGAAAUGACUAAGUAUCAGUUUAGGUUCUAUGUUCAAGGCCUUCAGUCAGAGGAAGGAACUCUGUUUGAUCAAAAGUGAUCACAGUUUGACAGUAUUAUCUACAUCUGAUCUUCUGCCCUCCAUUGUGCAGGUCCAGUACAUCAUCUUUCAGGAUGGAGUUCAACAUUUAAUCCCACAUGAACAUGUGGUCAUAUCUGAUGGCAGCCACAUUCAGGAAGACAACAUCAAAAGUUCACAAGAGCCAGCCCAGCUCUUUAGAGAACAUUUAACAGUAAAAGAAGAAAAUGAAGGUGAUUUUCUUUCUCGUUUUCCUCUUGAAGAAUGGAAUAAAUCCAACAGAGGGGAAACUCACUGUGUAUUUCUCAUCAAGGGCAAUGAUUUUAAGAUAUUUUAUUUACCCCAGUAAUAAUAACUUACAAGCUUGCUGUAAGUUUAUUCAGUCGGAAUGUCUCAUUUUCAUGAGAAGCAAUGGAUAUGUUGCUCCCACGUUUCAAGGAAGAAUAUCCAUUGAAUAUUACAUUGGAUCAUUUGAUGUAAUAUUUACAAAUCCAAGAAUGAUGGAUGCUGGAAAAUACAGAUGUGGUAUCUCUGGGUUACCUUACACCUAUGAAGAUGUUGUAGUCACAAAAUCUGAUUUCUUAGAAUUCAGUGGAAUAAACCCAGCUCCUUUAGCACCAAAAUCAUCCAUCAAACCAACAGUCUUGACCUCAGUGGCCCUUGUUUCUGAGGAACCCAGUGAAAAUAAAAGCAUGGUCUUCAAACUAGCUGCAGUGUGCAGUGGUUUGGCAUUUGCUCUCAUCAUCGCAGUCAUGCUGGUUGUGUUUCGUCUAAAGAAAUCAGAGAACAAAUCCAGAGAUAAAAGAGGAUCUUGUGGUUCUCAUAAUACAACAUUGCAGAGUCCAGAAGAGCAGAGUGGCAUCAUCUACUCAGUGAUGGACUUCAAGCCCAACCAGGAUCCAUCUGAACUUUAUGCCAAUUUGCAGAUCCACAGUGAAAGAGAUACUGGUCGUUCUUCAAACUGUUCCAUCAAAUCAUGGGAAAGUGUAGUAUAUUCCACUAUUUCUAUUGCAAAGUCAUAA